AUGCCAAAAGAUAGAAAUUCAAAAAAAGCAACGAACGCGUGCAUCCCAUGUCGAAUCCUACACAGAAGAUGUAUUUAUAUUGAAGGCAGUGGAAAAUGUGAAAGAUGCUCAAUAAGCGAUAAACCCUGUGCUUAUUCCACACGAAGAAAUAAGCGCGGUCCUCGACCCCGAGGAAACAUUCACGAGAAUACUCAAAGCAUAUUGCAUAUGCCUAAUUUGGAAGACAUUAGCAUCGAUAUAAAAUCGUUUAUCGUGCCAUCAGAGAUGAUUCAAGAGAGUACUAAAAGCAUAUUAUAUGUGUCUAAUUUGGAAGACACCAUCAUCGAUAUAGAAUCGUCUACCGCGCCAUCAGAGAUAAUUCAAAUAACGGACAGUGAAUCCAUACAGUAUUUUUCGGAUGAAUGCAUCUCUAAAUUAGGGGCCGUGACAUUAACGCCUUGUCCUCAAAAACAAAACGUUGAGCAUCUAUGCCACAGAGGAUGUGUCAUAAGACCUGUGGAUGAUAUAAGAAAUCCAUGCACCCUCUUGUAA